GAUCGACUUUGCGUUGGCUCCCUAGCCCUCACUCCUUAGUGUAUACUGAUUACUGUAGUAUAUUGCGCGGUUUGCCGUUAGCGUUCAUUGUAUACACUAUACAGGGCUUUCGGGCUGUAAAGACCACAGUGUUUGUGUACCCGCCACCGGCUACUCGAUGCCUACCUUUUGUCCGUUUGUUUUUCAGUCUCAUCAACAUAUUUGAUUACCUUCACAUUUUUAUCUUUUUAUAUAGAAGUUUGUUAUUGCAAGGUGUAAAACAAGUAUCAAAAAACUUGUCAAUAUAUGCUAAAAGUUCGGUGUAUCCAAUGAACAGCAGUAUGGACAUGGAAACGGAAGAAGAAAACUUCGAAGAUGUCAAGUCUUCCAAAAGCCCGACAAAAAAAACUACUGGUAGUUUGAAUAAUUCAAAAGAAGACAAUUCGAAUGACUCGGAAUCAGAGGCAACAGCAGAAACGUCACCAGUUAAAAACGAGGAAUUUGGUGCUAAAGUUGAAACUGACCGAGGUAAAAGAUUUGACUAUCUUCUUAAACAAACUGAAAUAUUUGCCCAUUUCAUGACUGCUAAUCAAAAGAAAGAAAGUAAUGCUAGUGGACCUGGUGGUACACCAAAAAAAGCAAAAGGUCGGCCAAAAAAACCCAAAGCUGAAACGGAUGUUACAGAUCAUCGACAUCGACAAACAGAACAAGAAGAAGAUGAAGAAUUAUUAAAAGAAUCACUUGCUGCCGAUAAAUAUAUAACUCAAUUUGAAGAAUCUCCUUACUAUAUAAAAAAUGGAGAACUUAGAGAUUAUCAAGUACGCGGUUUGAAUUGGAUGAUAUCUUUAUAUGAAAAUGGCAUUAAUGGUAUUCUAGCUGAUGAAAUGGGUCUUGGUAAAACCUUGCAAACAAUAUCACUUUUAGGCUAUAUGAAGCAUUAUAGAAGUAUACCAGGACCUCAUAUGGUGAUUGUACCUAAAUCAACAUUGGCCAAUUGGGUAAAUGAAUUUAAAAAAUGGUGUCCGUCAAUACGUACAGUUUGUUUAAUCGGAGAUCGUGAGGCUAGGAACACAUUUGUACGUGAUGUCUUGAUACCUGGUGAUUGGGAUGUAUGUAUUACUUCAUAUGAAAUGAUAAUUCGUGAAAGAGGAGUAUUACGGAAGAUUCAAUGGCGUUAUUUGGUUAUUGAUGAAGCCCAUAGGAUCAAAAACGAAAAAAGCAAACUUUCGGAGAUUAUUAGAGAGUUUGCAACUACUAAUCGAUUACUAUUAACGGGUACACCGUUGCAAAAUAAUUUGCAUGAACUCUGGGCCCUAUUAAACUUUUUGCUGCCCGAUGUAUUCAACUCAUCAGAUGAUUUUGAUUCUUGGUUCAACACGAAUAAUUGCCUUGGGGAUAAUACAUUGAUCGAACGACUUCAUGCUGUUUUACGACCAUUCCUCUUAAGAAGAUUGAAAGCUGAAGUAGAAAAACGUUUAAAACCUAAAAAAGAAGUUAAAGUUUAUGUUGGUCUCAGUAAACUGCAACGAGAGUGGUAUACUAAAGUUUUAAUGAAAGACAUAGAUGUAGUCAAUGGAGCUGGGAAAGUUGAAAAGAUGCGAUUACAAAAUAUUCUUAUGCAGCUUAGAAAAUGUAGUAAUCAUCCCUAUUUAUUUGAUGGUGCAGAACCUGGUCCCCCUUAUACUACAGACGAACAUAUUGUUUACAAUUGUGGAAAAAUGGUUGUGUUCGAUAAACUAUUGAAAGCUUUAAAAGAACAAGGGUCUCGAGUUUUAGUUUUUAGUCAAAUGACACGUAUGAUGGACAUAUUAGAAGACUAUAUGCAUUGGAAAGCAUACAAUUACUGUCGUUUGGAUGGACAAACUCCUCAUGAAGAUCGUCAACGCCAGAUUAAUGAAUACAAUGAACCUAAUAGCAAGAAAUUUGUUUUUAUACUUUCAACACGUGCUGGUGGUCUUGGUAUUAACUUGGCUACUGCAGAUGUAGUUAUUUUGUAUGAUUCUGAUUGGAAUCCACAAAUGGACUUGCAAGCCAUGGAUCGAGCUCAUCGAAUUGGACAAAAAAAGCAAGUUAGAGUUUUCCGACUAAUAACUGAAAAUACUGUUGAAGAAAAAAUAGUUGAAAGGGCUGAAGUAAAACUUAGAUUAGACAAGUUGGUCAUUCAGCAAGGCCGAUUAGUUGAUAAUCAGAAAAAUGCCUUGAAUAAAGAUGAAAUGCUUAAUAUGAUUCGACAUGGUGCAAAUCAUGUUUUUCAAUCUAAGGACUCUGAAAUUACUGAUGAAGAUAUUGAUACUAUUUUACGUAAAGGAGAAGAAAAGACCGAAGAGAUGAAACAAAAACUAGAGUCUUUAGGAGAAUCUUCUUUAAGAAAUUUUACAUUAGAUGCUCCAACAGAAUCUCUAUACACAUUUGAGGGUGAAGACUAUAGAGAAAAACAAAAAUUAAUUGGUAUUGGAAGUUGGAUAGAACCUCCAAAACGGGAGCGUAAAGCAAAUUAUGCAGUAGAUGCUUACUUCCGGGAAGCACUAAGAACCUCUGAACCAAAGCAACCCAAGGCACCUCGUCCUCCAAAGCAACCGUUGGUACAAGAUUUCCAAUUUUUCCCAACUAGAUUAUUUGAUCUGCUAGAUCAAGAAAUUUAUUAUUAUCGCCAAACCGUUGGUUAUAAAGUACCAAAGAACCCUGAAUUAGGACCAGAUGCAGUCAAAAUUCAAAAAGAAGAACAGAAAAAAAUUGAUGAAGCACAACCACUUACUGAAGAAGAACAAGCUGAAAAAGAAGUUUUAUUAACCAAAGGUUUUACAAAUUGGAGUAAACGUGAUUUUAAUCAGUUUAUCAAAGCUAAUGAAAAAUAUGGAAGAGACGAUAUUGAUAAUAUAUCAAAAGAAGUUGAGGGCAAAACUGCUGAAGAAGUUAGAGAAUAUAGUGCAGUGUUUUGGGAAAGGUGUCAUGAAUUUCAAGAUAUUGAUAGAAUUAUGGGUCAAAUUGAAAGAGGAGAGUCAAAAAUACAACGUCGGGCAAGCAUUAAAAGAGCCUUGGAUGCAAAGAUGACACGGUAUAGAGCACCAUUCCAUCAAUUAAGAGUAUCAUACGGGGCAAACAAAGGAAAAAACUACACCGAAGACGAAGAUAGAUUUUUAGUUUGCAUGCUUCAUAAACUUGGUUUUGAUAAAGAAAAUGUAUAUGAAGAAUUGAGAGCUGCUAUAAGAUGUGCACCACAAUUCAGAUUUGAUUGGUUUAUUAAAAGCCGAACAGCCAGUGAACUACAAAGGCGAUGCAAUACCUUGAUUACAUUGAUUGAAAGAGAAAACCAAGAACUCGAAGAAAAAGAAAGAGAACAGAAAAAACUUCUUAAAAAAAAUUUAAAACCAGCACAAUCUCCAGCACCUGUAAAAAAAAAAACUGAUAAGGUUGAAAAAUCUGAAGCAGCACAGACGGAUCCUAAAUCACCAGUACAAAAAAAGAAGAAAAAAUAAGUUUUUUUUUUAAUUUUUUAACAUUUUAUUAUUUAGGUGUAUUAUAUUUUCCUCUUAUUUUAAUGUAACAAGAGUAUUAUCAUUUUAAUAUAAUUAUACUUCCGCAUAUUUUUUAUUAAGUUUUUAAAACUCCAUACACAAGUAUUUUGUGUUAGUUGCAUGUAUUCAAUAAUAAUGAACAAAUAAUUGUUUCAAUUUUUUUAUUUUACCAGUUAAUUGAUAAAAACUUAUAAUAAUUGUAAUACAGCAAAUAUUAAUAAAAAAAAGUUUGGUUGGAAUUUAUAUUUUAAAAAUUGAA